AUUCCCUUCCUUCGGUCGAACAGAGAGAGAGAGAUAGAGGCGGAGAAAGGGGGCUAAGGGCGGCGAUUACGGCGGCGGUGAUCGGGGAGUCCUAGGGUUUGAUUUUGGGCGAUCUUCUUCAGCGAUUGGUUCGGUCGACCUCAGGGUGGCAGCAUUGGUGGCGGUGCGGCGGCACGACGAGGUCACCAUGCGGCCAGUUCGUCGCCGCGAUGGCGCCCGACCUCCGGUGUAUAAUAGCUGUGAUACCCAGUACGGAUUCAGUAUGUUUCUGCAUCAUGGAGGUUUCUUUCUUGGUAGUGGUGUGAAUUUGGGGUACGUCGGUGGCAGAUAAGCUUGGGUAGAUCAUAUACCAGGGGAUAAAUGGUGCUUCAAAGACAUUGAAGAUAUCGUGGAGGGGCUGGGGUAUGAAAUGGCAGGGAGAUUUAAGGUGUACUUCUGCAUGCCUGGUGUAGAGAUGAGCAAGGGUGGUCCUGUGGACAUGAAAUCUGAUGAGGAGACAGACCACAAUGAUGAGGUCAUAUGUGGUUUGGGGGAAGAAGUUUUUGCAUGUUUACCUUGAUCAUGAAGGUAGCCUUGGACAAGCACUAGAUGAUGUAAUUCUUUGCCCAAUAGCUCAGUUGCCAACAGUGAUAUCACCUAGGAAACAGAUAGAGGUUGAAGCAUUGCCAGCUGAGCAGGAGUUGCCAACUUUUUAUACUGCAGUGCCAACAGAGAUCUCACCUGCUAAGAUAGUUCAGUGCUACUAGUCAGCUGAUUGUGAUUCUGAUUCUGAUUCUACCUCUGACUCUGACUCUGACACUGAUUAUGAAGAGAUAGUUGACAGUGACUAUGACAUCAGUGAUGAAGAUGAAGAUUUACUUGCUGACCACUUGGCUCUGGGCAAAGGAAAGGAUGUGGCAGAACCAGCACAAGAUUCAGAAGAAGAUGAGCUCUAUCUCCCUGACUCAGAUUCUGAGAAAGAUGAUGAGGUGAAGCACAACUUCAAGAGAUUCAGACCUGAAGACAUGAUCAAUCCUAUCUUACAGAUUGGUCAGAUAUUUGAGUCACCUGAGAUGCUAAGGAAAGCAAUAAGGGAGUGUUGCUGCAAGAAUAGAGUGGAUAUCACCUUGCCAGUCAAUGAUAGGCUUAGAAUCUCAGCUAAGUGUGAAGCAGGCUGUCCUUGGUCCAUAUGGGCAUCACAUGAUAGUAGAACCAACUGUUUUGUGAUCAAGAGGCACAAUGAUGAACAUACUUGUGGAAAGAAGUGGCAGAUCAAGAAAUUUACAUCAAGAUUUCUGUCAGAGAAGUACAUUGAGUGUUUCAGAGCUGAUGAAAACAUGAGUUUAAAGAAUUUCUCAAGGAUAGUUCAAAUGGACUGGAGUAUGACACCUUCAAGGAGCAAGUUAUCAAGGGCAAGAAGGUUUGCCAUGAAGAAAAUCUAUGGAGAUGAAAUUGGUCAGUACAAUCUCCUUUGGGAUUAUGCAAAUGAAGUGAGGAGAUCCAACCCUGGUAGCACUUUCUUCCUUUCAGUUGACAAUGAAGGCAGAUUCAGCAAAUGCUAUUUCAGUUUUGAUGCUUGUAAGAGGGGGUUCCUUGUUGGUUGCGGACCUCUAAUAUGUCUUUAUGGCUGCCAUAUCAAGACUAAAUUUGGAGGGCAGUUAGUGACAGCAGUGGGCAUGGACCCAAAUAACUGCAUCUAUCCAGUGGCAUUUGCUGUUGUUGAGGUGGAAGACACAACAUCUUGGACCUGGUUUCUGAACACCCUGAAGCAAGAUCUAGGAAUUGAUAACACCUCAUGCUGGACAAUUAUGUCUGACAAACAAAAGGGUUUGAUAAAUGCAGUAUCAUCGUCGUUCCCCCAUUCAGAUCAUAGAUUCUGUGUGAGGCACAUGUGGCAGAAUUUCACAAUAGCUAAUUUUAGAGGAGAUGCUCUGAAGAACCAGCUUUGGAAGAUAGCUAGAAGAACUACUGUUGAUACUUGGGAAGAGGCUAGAAAGGAAAUGGAAGCUAUGAACAAGAAGGCCUUUCAAUGGUACAUCCUUGAAGCUAGAGAGUUGCCAAUUCUGACCAUGAUUGACAGAAUCAAAUCCCAACUGAUGUCCAGGUUUUACAACAAACAGCAAGAAGCCCAAUCAUGGCAUGGUUCCAUCUGUCCAAAGAUAAGGAAAAUAUUAGCCAAGAACAGAGAACUUGCAUCAACUUGUUUUGUAUCACCUGCUGGAGAUGGGACAUUUGAGGUGCAAGAUAGGGGCAGAGUUUACAUAGUGGAGCUCAAUGUCAAUGCUUGCACAUGUAGAAGAUGGGACUUGACUGGAAUCCCUUGCUCUCAUGCCAUCUCAUGCUUUAGGCAUGAGAGGAUUCCACCAGAGACCAAAGUGCAUUCAUGUUAUUCAACUGAAACAUUUUGCAAAGCAUAUGGUCCAGUGAUCAUGCCUUGUAAAGACAGAAGAGAAUGGACUACAAUGAAUGGUUGUGCCAUAAAGCCACCUCUGUACAGCAGAAAGGUUGGAAGGCCUACAAGAAACAGAAGGAAAGCAGUAGAGGAAGUGCCUGCAAGGCAAGGUGGGAAAAGGAUCAGCAGGCAUGGGAUUGUCAUUAUCUGUAGUCAUUGUGGACUCGCUGGUCACAACAAAAGAGGCUGCAAUGACUUUAAGGCUGGUCUUCCACCAUAUGAGAAGGAACAAGAACAGAACACGAGAAGGAAGAGGGCCACAAGUAGUGUGCAAGAGGAACCAGAAACAGUCAUAACACAGGAACAAGAAGAAGCAAUGGAAGAACCUGUUAUAACACAAGAGCACAACAUGGAAGAUGCUGUGCCUUUUGGAGCACAGUAUGAACAUACAAUGCUUCAUUCCAUGAUGAGUCAGACACCAAUGCCCAAGGUUGUUAAUGCCCAACCUAGUCCUUUGCCAGAUAGUUCUUUCAUAGCAACUGCUAGAGAGGCUCUUGUAAAAGCUGGUCCAGGACCAAGCACAGCAACAAAAGAAGGAAAUCUAGCUUUAAAGGUUGCUGCUAUGAAGCAUGCCAAGGUUCAAGUAUCUGCAGCUAGAAAUUCUGCUACACUUGAAGCCAGGUAUGAAUCACAUGAGAAGCAAGUUGCUGACAUUCUGGCUUAGAGGGAAGAGAAAGAAAGGCAGAAGAAGGCUGCAGCACUUGCAAAGAAAGAAGAAGCUGCCAGGCAGAAGGCUAUCAUUGCAAAACAGAAAAGGGAAGAAGCACUUGCUAAGAAGGCUGUCCAAGUUGAAGAGAAGAAGGCUGCAGCAGCUGCCAAGAGAACUCAGCAAGAACAUGACAAGAAGAUGGCAGCUCAAGAAAAGAAGGCUGCAGCUCAAGCUAGGCAGGAAGCAGCUGCAGCAGCUAGGGCUGCUACUGUCAUGCAAAGGGAGCAAGUGCAAGCAGCUAAGAAGCAGAAGAAAGAGUCCAUGUUUGACAUUUUCAAGUGAAAUUUUCAGUCAUUAAACCUGUCUACGCUGUGAACUAGAUUGUUGUAUGGUUUCAGUUAUAAACUACUAUCUAAAUGUCCAACUGCAUUCA